AUGGCGGCAGGCGGUGGCAAAGAAUCGCACAAAUGGACUGUGGAGCAGACCAAAGCCCUAAUUAAGUUCAGGGCUGACAAUGAAGAGCAGUUCACAAAAAAGAAGUAUACCACAAAGCAACUCUGGGAGACAGCAGUCAUUGAGAUCGGCCUGACGGGUAAAAUCAAUGGCCAACAAGCAGCAAAAAAGUGGGAAAACUUGAAAAUGAAGUACAAGAGGCUGAAAUUGCCCAAGACAGGAUCAGGCACAGCAGAUGGGGAGCAAACGGCAUCCAACUGGAAGUUCUACGAGGACAUGCAUGCAGUUCUGGGGGGCAGGCCAUCUAUUGACCCACCAGUAUUGGUAGCUUCAUUUACCCAACCUGGUCCGACAGAAUUACUAAUGGCCAUUGUUGAACCUCCCAUGGAGGAGCCGGAUCCAUCUUCCACUACUGCAGACACAGCCCCGCCAACACCGAUGCCAGCCACACGGGCAGGCCCGUCUACUUCUUCCCCACCAGGUCCUAAAGCACCCACCACCCCAUCUCCCAGAAAAAGGGCUAGAAGAGUCAAUAAUGCUGUCCUUGAGUUCUUCAAACAAGAGUCUGUGAAGGAGCAAAAAAGGCACGAGGAAACUGAGUCCAAAACAGAGAGGUUCCUCAGUUUGUUCGAAAAGCUUGUGGAGAAAAUGCCUGAGCAGUGA